AUGGCUGACAGAAGACGUGUCAAUGGCCCACCUGGGGGCACAAGGCCUCCAGUCUUUGCAUCUCUUCAAGAAUCCAAGACAGGCGUCGCAAACCGCGCCCAGCGCCAGCGCCAACCCGCCGAAUUGCGGAAAAUCUUUCUGAAAACAGGAUUGAUUCCAACUGCCUCAGGCUCUUCAUACCUUGAAUUUGAACCAUCUGCGUCCCUUGCCGCCGCCCGCUCCAACCCCAAAUCUCUGAUCCCGCCCUCAUCAGCCCUCAAAGUGGCUUGCACUGUCCAUGGACCUAAGCCACUCCCCCGCUCCGCUGCAUUCUCCCCCAACCUUGUCCUCACCACUCAUGUCAAGUACGCGCCAUUCGCCGCCCGCAAGCGGAAAGGACAUAUUCGCGAUGCCAGCGAGCGUGAUCUUGGCGUACAUCUAGAGACCGCCCUCCGCGGUGCCAUCAUUGCUGAGCGCUGGCCCAAGAGUGGUCUGGAUAUCACUCUUACAAUCAUUGAAGCAGAGGACGAUCGUUGGUGGGGCGAUGCUCCCGACUCGCAUGAUGCCUCGUGGGGAAUGAUGAAUGUGCUUGCCGGAUGUAUCACAGCUGCUUCUGCUGCAAUUGCGGAUGCCCACAUUGAUUGUCUUGAUCUUGUGUCAGGUGGUGUCGCUGCUCUGGUCUCGGACGAUUCACACCCUGGGUCAACCCCGCGGCUCAUGCUUGAUAUUGAUCCAGCGGAGCAUCGGUCUAUUGUUUCGGCUUGUGUGGUGGCAUACAUGCCUGCACGCGAUGAGAUUACUGAGCUCUGGCUUAAGGGAGAUAGCUCAAGGGCGGCUCUUGAGAAAGGUGAUGGACGUAUGGGUCAUGAGGCUUUGAUCGAUGGAGCUGUUGAUGCGGCUCGUGGCGCUAAUACGGUCUUGGCCGAGGCCGUGAGAGAAUCUAUCGUGCGAUCCAUUGCUCAAGUCUAA